GGGUAGUGGGUACUCCAACAAUGUGUAAAUCCUAAUUACAUUGUACAUAGGACAGCCACUGCGACUGCGUUUCAUAUUUCCCGUCGCCCUUCGACUGUUGCCCGAUCUCAGAGGUCAAUACAUUUUUCUGUUGCCUGCAAGAAAAAUAAAUCCACGAUGGCCGAUGAAAAGUUAAGCCGCAAGAUGGUUUUCCCAUACACAUUCACAGCUAAAGUUGUCCAGUUUCCAUUCAAACUACAUUUUAACAACCAUUGGAUGUUCCCAUGGUUCAUUGGAGCAGCUGUACUGGUUUCGCCUGUAUUUUACCUCAUUCAAAAAGCUGCUAACUGUGAAGCUAAUGUAAAGAUUUGGGCCGAGAAAAGGAGGAAGGAAGAAGAACACCACAAACACAAGUGGGAUUAAGCAAGAUUCCAUGAAGCUGUGUAGAAAUAAAAAUAAAACAACUUUCAUUCAAAAUUUAAAUGUUAUUUCUAAUAGUUAUACUGCAAGUUUUUUUAAACAUAUUUAAAAUAAUUAUAAUGUAAUAUAUAUCAUAGUUCAGGUGAUACA